AUGCCUGAGGGCUCGAUUGAGGUUGUUCUGAAGACGCUGAACGACAUCAUGUCGCACGGAGUCGAGAUUCAAUUGAAAAUCCUACAGACCAUCUUACCUCUACUCACAAAUUACAACGUGCACGCAGAGUCGCUUGCAGAGGCCCUGCUGCUCUGCUUCCGACUUCAAGACUCUCGUGUGGUGUUUGUAAACAACACAGCGGCGGCAACCUUGCGGCAAUUGGUCAUUUACAUCUUUGAAAAAGUUGGCGACGAGGAUAUUGCCAAGCAAAAGUCAGCGAGUGAGUCUCCGGCGAAAGCAACGAGCGAGGCCCAGGAUCAGGUGGAUUCUACGCAGGACAAUGAAGAGCAGCUGGGACCAUGCGCCCUUGACGCGUAUCUGCUGUUUCAGGACCUGUGUCUCCUUACCAACUCUGAGCAAGCCCGUUUCUUGAAUCUUGGCAGCAUCAGUAGGACGUUUGGUCUUGAGCUGAUCGAGAGCGUCCUGACGAACCACUUUCACCUCUUCAAGCAGCACAAGGAGUUUGCGUCCUUGCUUCGUGAACGAGUUUGCCCUCUCAUCAUCAAGAACUUUUCCGACAAGCACGACUUUCCUCAGACAAUGCGCCUUAUGCGUGUUGUCUAUAUCCUCAUCAAACAGUUCCAUGAGAUUUUGGCUAUAGAAUGCGAGAUUUUCCUUUCGAUGCUUAUCAAACUCUUGGAGCCAGAAGGGAACAGCCAGUGGCAGCGUGUAUUGGCCAUGGAGAUCUUUAGAGGCAUUUGCGGAGAUAAUUCUCUAAUGCGACGAAUCUACAAGGCCUACGAUCAACAAAGUACAAGCACAGACAUCUUUGGCGACAUGAUCAUUGCCAUCGGACGACUUUCGACCGAGAAACCCCUACUCAUCGGUGCUGGGAGCUUUGUGCAGGACAACUCUGAAGUCUCCAAGCCAUCCCAUGUCAGCGAGAGAGACGCCUCAGAGAACAGUGUCGGAGGCUUAAGCGUGUCGACUUCAACCAUGCGCAUCCAAUGUGUUGAUCAACUGGACAAAGCAGAGCCCCCACAUAUUCCAGAGACAUACCUGUACUACCUCUCGCUUAUCUGCAUCAAUUCUAUCGCAGACGGCCUCGCCUCUUACAUCUUCCCGAUCGUCUCACUCUCGCUCCACGACCAACAACGGCAGGCGCAGGAACAAACGGAAGGAUCAGAUAUGGCAGAGUCAAUCCCUCGAUCGACACUCUCGGUCUUCCCCAACACCAACACAUUGGAACUCUCAAAGACGAAAGAGGCGGACGAUAUCGCACUGGUGACGACCAUGGCUGAGUCGGCCUGGCCAGGACUUUUGGCGGCAUUCUCUUAUUUCCUGGGAUCGAACUUGGACGAGGAACUCUUUCACAAUGUGAUGCGGGCCUACCAAAACUUCACCAGCGUCUGCGGCGUAUUGCAGCUCACCAUUCCUCGCGAUGCGUUCUUGACCUCGCUCUGCAAGAACUGUCUGCCCGUCCCACACGGAGGGGUACCUAGCGGAAACUCUGCUGUGCAGGAUACAACUGCUCCGAACAUCACCGACAAAAACAUGUACUGCCUGCGGAUCUUGCUCAACGUGGCUCAGUACCUUGGAGGAACUCUAUUCGACAGCUGGUACCUGAUUCUCGAGACCAUGCAGCAGGCGGAGCACCUCCUUGGUAUCAAGUUGCAACGAGGUGGAGCUUCAGGGCAGAAGAAGUUGGCAGGAAACUUUGGAAGCACUGCGCAGCCCUCGGCAAAGUCCCAGUCACCGCUGCAGAACUCGGCAGGCCGGACCAACAACGGCGCUAUCGACUAUGCAGGACUAGCAUCUGGAUCUUCGCAUCAAGAAGCCGAUGUCUUGGCUUUGCUAGCUUCCUUCAAGCAGCUAUUUGACCUUUCAACGCACCUCGACCUCCCAUCCUUCCGCAGCUUUUCUCGUUCUCUGUGCAAACUAGGGGCCGCGGGCAGUGGACUCCCAUUUAAUGACGGAAAGGGAACAACGACAACACCUUUUGUAAAGAGUCUCCGCCAUAUCAACAAAUCGGAUGAUAAGUCGUUUGCCAUUGAAAAACUGCGAUAUGUGUGCUUGCUUAAUGUCGACCGGAUUGCUGCAGUUGACGACGGGGCGACUGUUUGGGAUAUUUCAGUCGGCUACCUCAUCGACACUGCCAAUCAUCCUGCGCCUUCUGUCCGCAUUCGAAUGCAAGCCUGUGAUGCGAUCUCUGAUAUCAUCCUUGCCGCCAUGGCCCAUGCAGAACAGAACUCGAUGGCGCGACAGGAGGAGACACAGAUGCGGGUCAUGAACAAUCUACGAGAGUUGAUUCAAACCCACGGGAAUUCCUUGGUCGAGAUCCAGCGGAUGGGUUUGGAGACACUCAACAAACUACUCCAAACUUCCGGGCAGUCUCUGUCGUUCGGAUGGGGUCUCAUUUUCGAGAUGAUCCAGGGAUCGAUCGGUACAACCAGCGGCAAGGCGCUUGUGGAGCCUCUACUCGAAUCCAGCCCAACGACUGCACCCAACGAAACCGGAUCCCAAGCGACACCUGCAGGAGCACUAAAGCCUCCAGGUCUCGUCCGCGUUGCAUUCCCUUGCCUGCAGCUCAUUUGCACCGACUUUCUGUCUCUUCUCAACGCAAGCAAUCUUCAACUUUGCAUCGAUACAUUGGCGGCAUUCGGUUACCAAACGGAGGACCUCAACAUUUCGCUGACCUCUGUUGGACUUCUCUGGAACAUCUCUGAUUUUAUCCAACAAAGCCUGCGAGAUAUCUCAAACAGUCCCGAAGUGUCAUCCAGCGCCAAUAGCGGGGAGGGCGAGUCCGUGGAGGCGGACGUGAUUACAUUACUGUUUCCCAAUCCGGAGCUGUCACGCAAGAAUUUGUCAGGACUCUGGAUGCUGCUUCUCUUCAAGAUCUCGACACUUUGCUCCGAUACGCGCCCCGAGGUCAGGAAUGGAGCCAUCCAAACUCUUCUCCGGACGAUCCAUAUUAACGCGGCCAGUCUUGACAUGGCCGCUUGGCGCCAGUGCAUGUGGAAGAUUUUGCUCCCACUCUUGGACGAGGUCAAGACAGCAUCGUGCAGAAAGGUCGAGGAGGUGCCAGAGCCAGUCAACACAGGAGCCUUUGUCAUGCGUAACGACUCCCCUAGCAAGCAAUGGGACGAAACGCACGUGUUGCUCUACAAUGGACUGGCGGAGGUCUUUCAACAUUUCUUGCUGCAGCUCAUCGUGCUGCAUGAUUACCUCGAGGCUUGGGUUUUCUUGAUGGAGCAUCUGGAGACGGCAGCGCUGCAUUCAUCUCCCGAUGUAGCCAUCGCUGCUUUGAAGGGUAUUCAGUCGAUGAUGAAGCCUCCUGGCACCAAGGACGAGGCCACCAGCAAUGGAUCCAAGUCUCUUACUGGGGAGGAGAGUGAGCUGAGAUUGGCAAGACUUUGGGAGACAGCGUGGUCAAUCUGGGAGCGCAUUGGUAGUGCCAUCGUCGGACGGGAUGCAGUCAUUGGAGACAAGCGGGAAGAUUACAAGUCGUAUGGACGCCCCGUCACCACCAACUUUACACAGGAGACGCUCACAGAGUACAUCAAUGUCAUGCAUCAUCUCUACCCCAUCAUCGCUGGCAAGUUCGAGCUCAAGGACCUGCGAGCAUUCUUGGAUGUCGUUCACCUGGUAUUGAUCUACGAUCGCAGCCCCGUCUACCGACCCGAUGUCGACUACCUCUCGCCUCUUCAGCUGUCGAUCCACGAUGCACUGAUGAUGCUGAACCUGAACACUAUUCAAGGCGGUCCUGCAGCGGUUCUGGAGCAGCUCACAAACCAGUUCCUCCUAGCCUUUGAGGCCCACAGCUCACUCUAUCCCAACGUGGACUCUCCUCAUCCAGCCACUCUAAAGCCUACCUAUAUUGCCCUAUGCAAGGCUACUAUGACCAGGAUUGUGUUUUUGCUGGACAAGUUUCAUCAAGAGAAGGGCAUAUACGCGGACGGAGUUUACGCCAAAAUUUUGAAGUCAUUCGGAAUCGCCAUGCGGCUACGAUACAAGUGCCCGCCUUCAUUCAAGCAUGUAGACGACAUUCCUCUUUGGAAGACCGCGACGACAGCCUUCUUGGACUCGAUCAAGUAUGGCAUCUCUACCAUCGAGGCAUUUGAAAAAGAUAUUUCGGAUGCCAGGUUUUUGGAGAUCUGGCAGGAACUCGUCGUUGUAUGUCGUGGAACAAUGGCACCCUCUUUGCCCAUUCCGAUCGCUGAUAUGUCUCUCAAGAGUCAAGCCUUGGAUGAGGCGUUCGACCUUGUCUUCCUUCACAGCAUGAAGACCAAAGUCUUUGCCCGGAUGGGAUACCACCGCGUUCCAGCAGAGGUCCUUGCAGAACUCGUGCAGACUCUAGAUCUUGCUGCUAACCUUUACGUACUUUCGACGCCUGCGUCUCUUGCACCAUCGCCACCCACAGUACCUCUUGCAACAGACACCAUCACCAAGCCGAAUUCGGCCUCUGCCUUAGAGAACAGCCAGCCAAAGUCGUCAGAGCUCAAGAACAUCUCAUCCUUGUCGGCAUCGACCCUAAACGAGGACGCCCAACUGGACAUUAUUCAAGGCCUUGGAAUCGUUCUCCAUUCAACGAGGAACACCAUGGUCCCUGUCGGUCGUGAGAGGUUUGCAUUUGCUUGUCUGGACAUCUUGUUCGACCUUAGUUCAGACGUGUCAUCUGACUCUCAGGAUCGCUUCGGCUCAGGUAGAGUCGGCGGCGCGAAGGACACGGCUGAUCGUGUCAGAACUGCCGACAGCAGUAAUGGCUCCACUCCAGCGUAUAGUCAGUCUUAUACGCACUCUGAACAACAGCUUCGAUCGAGAACAGCAUUUGUCAUUACCCCUGUCCUAGUCGAGCGGUGCAGCGCCCUCUUGAAUGCCUAUUCGGCUGACCAGGCAUUGCUAGGAAAGUGUCCAUUCCCACGCCUUCGGCAUCAGGAAAUCUCACUGGUUUUGCAACGAUUGAACGACCUUCGCCUUGUCCCUGGUGCAUUAGCGAGCAGUAAACCCCACAGCCAAGAUACCACGCAAGGUAAUUAG